GAUGACCAGAGACUGCGGACAGUGCAGGGGAUGACCAGAGACUGCGGACAGUGCAGGGGAUGACCAGAGACUGCGGACAGUGCAGGGGAUGACCAGAGACUGCGGACACAGUACAGAGAAUGACCAGAGACUGCAGACAGUACAGGGAAUGACCAGAGACUGCGGACACAGUGCAGGGAAUGACCAGAGACUGCAGACAGUGCAGGGGAUGACCAGAGACUGCAGACAGUGCAGGGGAUGACCAGAGACUGCAGACAGUGCAGGGGAUGACCAGAGACUGCAGACAGUGCAGGAGAUGACCAGAGACUGCAGACAG